CGGGGAAGGAGCUCCUCACAUAUGGUCGAGCUCGCCCACGCCACGCCCAGCGGACGACUAUCAGGGCGCGUGUUGAGUUCGGCAGCCAAAGGCGAGCCGUGCGUCGCCGCGUACGGCUCCUUCACCUACAAGUGGCGGCGCUCGCCGCUGCAGGCGCCCGGCGAGACGAGGCGGGCGAGCACGCUCCGGCUGCGCGAGUCCUUACAGAGCGGCGACCGCAUCGACUUGGAGUACUAUCAGCCCGCAGCGCGGCACUACGCCUGGGCGCGGUACGCCAAGCACAGCCGCGACUGGCGGCUCCACCUCCAGCUAUUCCUCGAGGACUGGCAGUCGUCGCUCGGCGCCUUCCUCUUCUCGCUGGCGGCGACGCUGGCCAUCUUUGCGCAGGUGGUGAUGAUGCUGCUCGAGACAAACUCAUUCGGGCUGCGCAGCCUGGACGACUGUGCGCUCUGGCUGACCGGCUGGGCUCUAACGGGCGCCUUCACCGUCGAGCUGAUCUUGCGGACCAUCUCAAAGCGGUCUGUGGGCGAGAUGUGCCUCUCUGCGUACUGGUGGGUUGACGUGGUGUCGGUCGUGCCCGACUAUGUCGUGCUGACGCUCGACCUCGCCGCGGGCAGCUCACAUGUCAACCAGUGCGCCAACCAUCUUGGGGACUCGGACAACGUGCUGCAGGUCCUGAGCGAGGUGCUGCGCUGCUUCCGCGUGGUCCGGAUCCUCAAGAUUGCGAGGCUCAACCCCGACACCACGGUCAUCUUCCGCGCGAUCUCGCUCUCCAUGCGCGCGCUGCUCGUGCCUCUCACAUUCCUGCUCAUCGGCGCCUUCUUCUUCGGCGCCGUCAUCUACUAUCUCGAGCGGAUCGAGCUGGUCGUCGUCCCGGCCAACGACAACCGGACGGCGCCGGCGGGCGAGACGCCCUUCAACGACCUCGGCGAGGCGAUCUGGUGCAUGAUCGUCACCUUCACGACGGUGGGUUACGGCGACGUCUCGCCCGAGAGCCACCUCGGCAAGGUUGUCUGCUCGCUGGCCAUCAUCACGGGCAUCAUCCUGCUCGCGAUGCCGCUCGCCAUCGUCGGCAACAACUUCUCGAUGGCCUGGGAGGAGCGCGAGAUGAUGCAGUUCGUGCUGCAGGUGCAGCGCAAGUGCAUCGACCGCAACAUCUCGCUCGCGGGCAUUCAGGUGCUGUUCGAGGAGGCGGACACGCACGGCUCGGGCUACCUCGACUACCUCGAGUUCCGCCGCUUUUGCGAGGACCUCGGCCUGGAUCACUCACCCUCUGAGGCGAGCGAGGCUGGCCUCACGCACACUGGCCCCGAUCUCCGCCGCUCUCGACCCGACAGCCGCUCGGGCGGCAUCACCUUCUUCGAGUACUGCCACCAUAUCUUCCCCGACCUCGACGUCGAGUGGCUCGCGGAGCACGGCAUCCGGUGGAACGACAAGGCAGAACUGCGGCACUCGGGACGGAGCGCCGCCGGCGGUCUCGGCCCUCCGGCGGCGCACAAGCGGUGCAUCGGCGUCUUCAAGCAGGCCUCGCGCUCCGAGGCGCUCGCGCCCGGCCGGCUGCUGGUCCGGGCCCCGCCGCGUGCGAGCCAGACCACGCCGUGCCUUCCAAGGAUACCUCCGACCCCCGCCGCGCCCGCCGUCACGGUGGUGCGCUCCAGCACCUUCAGCUCGCUGCACGGCGCCCCGGCGCCGACGCAUUCGACGGUGAGCGCCAUCUCGGAGACUGCAGAGGAGGGGGCGGCACAGCCGCCCGUGCGAGGCGAGGCGCUGUCGAGGGUCGCCGCUGCCGCGGCGCUCGACCCGCCGCCAUUGCGACCCUCGUCCUCGGAUGGCGACGUGAUGGCGCUGCUCGCACAGGUCAGGGAGAGCCAGGCCUGCCUCGCGCGGGGCGUGGCGCUGCUCGAGGCGCGACUCGCGGCGCAGCCGGCCGAGGGGCCCCGCGCGAGCAGCGCGUGCUCCUUUCACUGCUCGGGCGCGAGCCGCAGCGACAGCGAGGAGGAGCUGCUCCACUUUGCUGCCACUAUCGAGGCACGCGGCGGGAGCUGACACUUUCGUGACAGUGCGCCGGGAGAGCGGGCGACUCUGGUGCGGGUGUGCGUGUGCACUCUCGUUUUCUGGGUUCGAGGCGCUGGGCUCGCAUCGAUGGAGGUCUGCAGCUUCUUCGGGCGCACCCGCGCAGAGGCGCUCGAGCGUCGAGGUGGAGAUCGCGCGCCGGUCGCUGGGACACGUGUUGCACUGCAGUGUGCAUCUCUCGCCUCUGCCCACCACGCGACUAGGCGCGUGUGGUUGCUGGGAGAGACGGCCCCGGCCUGGCGUGGGUUGUUUGCAUGGGCAGAAAAGAAGCAAAACGCAGUGCACACACACCACGCAAUUUUGUGCAUUUUAAGUUGCAUUCCUUGAUCUCUA